UGUUGUUUGUAUUUUAAGGCAUAGUUUCAGCACCAGACAGCGACAUAAUAAUCAGCACUGGACAGCUCAUAAACUGUCCAAAAAUUCUAUAAUUCUUCCUCAAAAAUGUACUUGGAUUAUUAUCAUGGGAGUUUGUGUAGGGACCAUUUGCAAAAAUAAAAAAAUAUAUUAAUUGAGAGGAAAAUGCUUUGUGCGGGAAUAUAGCUGAGCUCAUUUUCAUUCGUAGUCCCUCAUACACAUACCGGAAAUGACAGUUAAAUAGAUUAUACAGUAUAUGGUAUUCCGAAAGUCUGGAGACAUCACAUUUUCAAGAAAUGGCAAAUCAAUUGGAACAUUAUCAAUGACCUUCAAUGUGGAUUCAAACAUUUGCGAUGCAAAGCUGGAUUCACUAUGCAGAAUUCACGUGAACUUGAUGAAAUAACUCCACGUUGUCGUCAGUUACCCGUGUACAGAUUUUAGGGAGACCCUACACUGAAAAAAAGUACUUAAUUUGAUCAUAAAAUGUGGUGAACUGACGUAUUUUUCCCCUCUAUUCCUCGAAAAUAAUAGAAUAUAAUCCGACAACCUACUUAAUUGUCCCCUGUGACAAUUAAUACUGGCAUUAUUGAUCUCAUUAGUCAUGUUUUUUUCUCGUAUUUUGGACAAAAUAUGUAUAGAAAGACUCCUCAGUAUGAUGCAGUGCAAUUACUGCAAACUACAAUAAACACAUUAUUAAGCCAUUGAUGAUAGCCAGCAGUAUUAUAUUUAUAAAGGCUGAGUUUUAACUCUUGUGCUGGAUCUUAUUAAAUUCUAUAAGUGUCCAUUAACAAUAGUCACAUUUGCAAGUGAGUCCAACUAAAGUCCUGUAACUUGUCAAUCCAGUUUAUCAUUGAGAUCCCCCGCGUCUACCCUCGUCAGCAAGACCAGCGUCUGUGCCUCCUAAAGCAGAUUAAAAUAUCUAUUCUUUUCUCUGAUGAGUGGAUAAACCCCGUGGCAUUGCUGCUGUAGGACACUGCCGGAGGUGCCGCAAAUGCGCCUUGAUCCCACGGGAAUAGAGUGCAGACCCUGAUGAGGUCGCCCAAAGGACCAGGUCUCGUUAACCCCCGUCCCGUCAUGACUGACUGAGCGACUGGAGCGAAGAUGAUCAAAGUGGCAUCGAGGUCGGCCGGCGCGCAGCCGCCGGACGCGGAGGACAUCAUCCGAAGCAAGCACACCCACCGGGUGAGGCUCAACGUCGGAGGUCUCCUCCACGAGGUCCUGUGGAGGACGCUGGACCGGCUGCCCCGCACGAGACUGGGCAAGCUGCGGGACUGCAACACCCACGACUCCAUCAUGGAGCUAUGCGACGACUACAGCUUGGACAGCAACGAGUACUUCUUCGACAGACACCCCGGCGCCUUCACGUCCAUCCUGAACUUCUACCGCACGGGGAAGCUGCACAUGAUGGAGGAGAUGUGCGCCCUGUCCUUCAGUCAAGAGCUGGACUUCUGGGGCAUCGACGAGAUCUACCUGGAAUCCUGCUGCCAGGCCAGGUACCACCAGAAGAAGGAGCAGAUGAACGAGGAGCUCAAACGGGAGGCGGAGAACAUGAGGGAGCGGGAAGGCGAGGAGUUUACCACGACGUGCUGCUCGGAGAAGAGGAAGAAACUUUGGGACCUCCUGGAGAAGCCCAGCUCAUCUUUUGCUGCUAAGAUCCUGGCGAUUAUCUCCAUCCUCUUCAUCGUGCUGUCCACCAUCGCCUUGUCCCUGAACACGCUGCCAGAGCUGCAGGACACCGAUGAGUUUGGUCAAGCCACAGACAAUCCUCAGCUGGCCCACGUGGAGGCCAUCUGCAUUGCCUGGUUCACCAUGGAGUACCUGCUCCGCUUCCUCUCCUCCCCCAACAAAUGGAAGUUCUUCAAGGGUCCCCUGAACAUCAUCGACCUGCUGGCCAUCCUGCCCUACUACGUCACCAUCUUCCUGACAGAAUCAAAUAAAAGCGUGCUGCAGUUCCAGAAUGUCCGACGCGUGGUGCAGAUUUUCCGGAUCAUGCGCAUCCUGCGUAUUUUGAAGCUGGCUCGGCACUCCACGGGUCUUCAGUCAUUGGGCUUCACACUCCGCAGGAGCUACAACGAGCUGGGCCUGCUGAUCCUUUUCCUGGCCAUGGGUAUUAUGAUCUUCUCCAGUCUUGUGUUCUUUGCUGAGAAGGAUGAAGAGGACACCAAGUUCAAAAGCAUCCCUGCCUCCUUCUGGUGGGCUACGAUUACAAUGACCACAGUAGGAUAUGGAGAUAUUUAUCCCAAAACGUUACUGGGAAAGAUAGUAGGGGGGUUGUGCUGUAUUGCUGGUGUGUUGGUGAUUGCCCUGCCGAUCCCCAUCAUUGUCAACAACUUCUCAGAGUUCUACAAAGAACAAAAGAGGCAGGAGAAAGCCAUCAAAAGGAGGGAGGCCCUGGAGAGGGCCAAGAGAAAUGGCAGCAUUAUCUCCAUGAACAUGAAGGACGCCUUUGGCCGCAGCGUAGAGCUCAUCGACAUCAUGGUGGAAAAAACGGAUGACAGAGAGGGUAAAAACGUUCAAGUGAAUCAUGUAUCCCAUAGCCCGCAGAAAGGGAAGCCCCAAGCCAAGGCGGAAAGGAGUCCCAGUAGCACCAAGCACAUCCUGGAAUCAGGUCACCAGGAGCAAGCGAAGCCUUCGGGAAGCCCUCAACAUCUCAGUGCUCAGACUCUGGAGGAGAUGUACGACACCAUGGCCAAGACUCAGUCCCAGACGGACCUGAACAGCAAGGAAAAGGUGCCGCUGUCUAAAGCCGGCAGGCACAGAGCGGAAUUUGAGAUGGGAGCCAUCUCGGACGUGAGGUGCAUGUCCAGCAUCGACAGCUUCAUCAGCUGCGCCACCGACUUUCCAGACAGCUCCCGUUUCAACAUUCUCGGCGGGGUCAGCACAAACCCCGGCCUGGAACCCACCUUGGAAAUUGAGAAUGAAGGGAGUGCAACACCCCUGACAGGAAGGGGCCCCAAGGAUCUACAUCGUAACAAUCCACUCAAGGGCCCCUCGGUCAGGGUUAGUUUUAGAGGAGGGCGGGAAUCAGGGGUGGGGGUGCGCUCAGAUGGCUCCUCAGUCCAAAGCCCAGAGGUGUCGGUCUACACGACUGCGAGCAGCAGGACGCCCAGCAAGAGUCCAGAGAACUUACCUCCACACAUCUUCACGUUCCAUGACGCUUCCAUCCACAAAUUCAUCGACGCCGACACGGACGAGGAGGAGCACCUGCACGACGGAUCAGUCAUCAGCCCGGCACAGAGACUCCUGGACAGGACCAAUCCAAGAUGUGGCCAUCAGGGAGCCAACCACAUGGAGGGCCUCCCAAGGAAGCUGGGAAAUAAUAGCGCAUGGAAGCGAGACGAGCAGGAGAACCACAUGGCUGAAGUACGGCCACUUCAGGGAGACAAGAGUCAUUCAAAAACGUAAACUUGACAAGAGUGAGUGCCCACAAGAAAAAGACAAUGAGAAGCACAGUGAACUCUGAUAAACAUGAAUAUGACUGACAUUUCAAACAUUUGUAGGAGUAUUCAGAAGAUACAGCACAACAUAUCCCGUGAAAAGACUUGUUUUAAUGUUACUUACUGCUUACUUCUGCAUUCAUUCAUUUAGCUGAAAUCCACUCUGUUUUUAGGAGAAUUUAGUAGGAUUUUGUAUGAAAAAUAUUGCACUGGAAUUAUCUGACUGACAAUUUUGGGAUUACUUUAGAAAUAUUGUUUUAUUCAAUUACAGUGGUGUCUUGACAUAGGAGUGACCUGAGUUACAAGUUUUAUCCAAAUACAAGCCAUCGCUCUGCCUAUUUUUUGUCUUGACUUGUGAUGAAAAAAUUUGCAGCAAACUCAACUCAACUAAACUGCAAGCAGCAGUUUGGAAGACUUAAUUCUUAAAAAAAAAAAAAAAAAAAAGUUUACUGUCAAACUAAACAGAGAGAAUACAUGUGUAUUUAAAACAACCACACAACUUUGCCUUUUGGGAACGAAUAGCAUCAAUAGUUGCAGUAUUAUAACCUUUAAGGAACGGAUAUUUGAACACAAAGGGUGCAGAAACACAUAGACAAUACAAAAAUAUGCACAGGCAUAUAUUCUUUAUCUUCUCAAAAACAUGACGAUUAUUAUAGCAUCUUACUGAGUCAGUUGUAAAACUCUUCUUCAUGUGUCAUUUAUGUCUGCACUAUACUGCCUCCUGGUGGCCAAGGUGCAAACACCAGAAGGAGUGAGAUGUGUGGCUGGAACAGAUUUGUGGCAAUAAGUGCUUUGAGUUACAAGCGUGGUCAUGAAACAAACUCUUAAGCCAAGGUAACACUGUAUUUGAUUUAAUACAUACAUAAUUAACACAUUUUUAAAAUUUUGUUAAUGUCAAUUUUAAAAAAAUGCCUCUGUGUUAGGCAGAAAAUGCAUACUAAAAACUCAAAUGAAACAGUGCGUAGCGUUUUUUACCAUUUUUCCACUAAAUUCUCUUGAGAACAUCUGAAAUGCUCAUUUGAACAUUUUUACUAUUUGUACUGUUGCUUCAACCCAGAUCUUUAUCUAACAGUUAAUUAAAAGACGUUUAAAGACAAAACCCUUUAUUCUGAAAUUCCAGAGAAUGACUUUAAAAUAUAAAAGGUAUUUCAAUCACAAGCAAACCUGAGAGCAUUGAAACAUGACAUCUUCAGCUGAUUGUUAUUCAAUGAAAAGGAUGUACAGUGAACCCCAAAUAUAUUCAUAUUCUUGUGAGAUUUGGAGGUAAAGUACAACCCCAAUUCCUAUGAAGUUGGGACGUUGUGUUAAACAUAAAUAAAAACAGAAAACAAUGAUUUGCAAAUCAUGUGCAACCUAUAUUUAAUUGAAUACACUACAAAGACAAGAUAUUUAAUGUUCAAACUGGUAAACUUGAUUGUUUUUAGAAAAUAAUCAUUAACUUAGCAUUUUAGGGCUGCAACACGUUCCAAAAAAGACUGAGAAAGGUGGCUAAAAGACUGAGAAAGUUGAGGAAUGCUCAUCAAACACCUGUUAGGAACGUCCCACAGGUGAAGAGGCUAAUUGGGAACAGGUGGGUGCCAUGAUUGGCAAAAAAGGAGCUUCCCUGAAUUAAUUCACAAGCAAAGAUGGGGUGAGGUUCACCUCUUUGUGAACAAGUGGGUGAGAAAAUAGUCGAACAGUUUAAGGAGAAUGUUCCUCAACGUACAAUUGCAAGGAAUUUAGGGUUUUCGUCAUCUACGAUCCAUAAUAUCAUCAAAAGGUUCAGAGACUCUCCAGCACGCCCGCGAGCCUAGUGAGGAGAAGCGGCUCAGAAAAUGGAUGGAUGGAUGGAUGGGUUCCGAGAAUCAGGAGAAAUCACUGCAUGUAAGCGGCAACGUCGAAAACCAACAUUGAAUGCCCGUGACCUUCGAUCCCUCAGGCGGCACUGCAUCAAAAACCGACAUCAAUGUGUAAAGGAUAUCACCACAUGGGGUCAGGAACACUUCAGAAAACCAAUGUCAGUAAAUACAGUUCGGCGCUACAUCCGUAAGUGCAACCUAAAACUCUACUAUGCAAAGCAAAAUCCCUUUAUCAACAACACCCUGAAACGCCGCCGGCUUCUCUGGGCCCGAGCUCAUCUAAGAUGGAUUGAUGCAAAGUGGAAAAGUGUUCUGUGGUCCGACGAGUCGACAUUUCAAAUUGUUUUUGGACAUUGUGGACGUCGUGUCCUCCGGGCCAAAGAAGAAAGGAACCAUCCGGACUGUUAUGGACGCAAAGUUCAAAAGCCAGCGAUGGUAUGGGGCUGUGUUAGUGCCAAUGGCAUGGGUAACUUACACAUCUGUGAAGGCACCAUUGAUGCUGAAAGGUACAUACAGGUUUUGGAGAAACAUAUGCUGCCAUCCAAGCAACGUCAUUUUCAUGGACGCCCCUGCUUAUUUCAGCAAGACAACGCCGAAACACAUUCUGCACGUGUUACAACAGCGUGGCUUCGUAGUAAAAGAGUGCGGGUACUACACUGGCCUGCCUGCAGUCCAGACCUGUCUCCCAUUCAAUAUGUGUGGCGCAUUAUGAAGCGUAAAAUACAACAACGGAGACCCCGGACUGUUGAACGGCUGAAGCUGUACAUCAAGCAAGAAUGGGAAAGAAUUCCACCUAAAAAGCUUCAACAAUUGGUGUACUCAGUUCCCAAACAUUUAUUGACUGUUGUUAACAGAAAAGGUGAUGUAACACGGUGGUAAACAUGACCCUGUCCCACCUUUUUUGGAACGUGUUGCAGCCAUCAAAUUCUAAGUUAAUGAUUAUUUGCUAAAAACAAUCAAGUUUAUCAGUUUGAACAUUAAAUAUGUUGUCUUUGUAGUGUGUUCAAUUAAAUAUAGGUUAAACAUGAUUUGCAAAUCAUUGUAUUCUGUUUUUAUUUAUGUUUAACACAACAUCCCAACUUCAUUGGUAUUGGGGUUGUAAUUCUAAGUCCCUAUUGUUUUUUUUUGUUUUUUUAAUGGAAAUGACACAAUAUGUUGUGUUCGAGAGUAAUUUUAAAAAAAUACUUGCCAUUUUCCUUAUUUGUUUUAUAGUCUCUAUUUUUUACUUGUUGUCAAAACACACUUAUCCAAUUUUCUAAAUGUAAGCCUAUAGUUAUUUAGAAUGCUCUAGAUUAUGCUAGAAAUUCCUGCAAAAUAUUGUUUCCUCAAAAUAUGAAUGAUUUUCAAAAUCUAAAAAAAAAAUGCUGAUUAUUUUUCAGGACUAUCUCAAAACUUCUUACAGUCAUUUGUCACUUUCUUGUCGUUUAUAACCAGAGGUUUCACAUUCAUCCAAUCAAUUUGAAUGUAAUCUCAACAUUUGUUAAAAAUAUUAUUAAUUUUGAGAUGAGCGUAACAUAUUUAUUUUUACACACUCAUCACGGAGAGUGACCCAGUGGUUCGUUGUAGGGGGAAUAUUAUGAUAAUGAAGAUAACUUUUUUUUCCUUUCGGCUUGUCCUCAAAACUGGCCUUAGUUGAUGUUGUCCAGAGUUUGGUGUCUAGGUUUGAACAGAUGCAACACAAAGGAAUGUGUGCAAUAAUUAUUUUUCAUAAACAAUGUACCAAUUGUUAUGUCCCUAUUCUCUGUCUCUUAAGUGCAAUCUUGUGUGUUUCUGUCUGUUUGUGUUCCUAUUUGUUUGCAAAUGCAGAGAAAGAGUAAUGCCGCUUGACUUCCCUCCUUGUCUCUGAAAGACAGCACCUUAACAUGAAAAAAAAAAAUCAAUUUACUCGUUUGAUUCUUUGUGUUACAUGUCAGCAUAUGGUGCAGAUGGGUGUUUAUUAGCGUUGAUGUCACGUCUACUGUACGUGUGUUCGGAGGUGCUCAUGGGCAUCACUUUUUAGCUGGAUAGGCGACACUGAAAUUGUGUUGUGGGAUAUUGUACAAUGUAUCACUUCAAAAAGUAGGAUAUUACAAACGAUACCCAUUUAUUGUACCAGGAAAAGAAAAUAAUUUAUAUUUUUAAGAGAUUUUAUAAAAGAACGGACUCUUAGAUAAACUGUCCUAACCUCAUAGUUGUACAUUUUAGUGUAUGAAAUGCAUAAUUUUGGAGUUGCAUUUAUUAGAUGAUAUUAAGCAGUAGAUACAUUUGUAAUGUUUGCUUAUGUCUCCUGGUAAAAACGUCUCUCCUUUCAACCUUUGUGCAAUAUGAAGAACCAAAGACAACUCCUCUCUGAUAGCUCAUGAAGGUGAUGAUUUUGUCUGCAACAAACAGUAGAAUAAAUGUAUGACUUAU